AUUAGCUCCUUUCUAACCCUUUUUCCGUACAGAUUCCUCGGAUUGGCUUGGCUUCUGCUACUUAUUAAGAAAAAAACAUCAGUCUCUGCAGGUGUGUGUUGUUUCAGCGCAGCAUGGCUGUGGUCAUCCGCUUGCAAGGUCUCCCGAUUGUGGCGGGGACCAUGGACAUUCGCCACUUCUUCUCUGGAUUGACCAUUCCUGAUGGGGGCGUGCAUAUUGUAGGGGGUGAACUGGGUGAGGCUUUCAUCGUUUUUGCCACUGAUGAAGAUGCAAGGCUUGGUAUGAUGCGCACAGGUGGUACCAUUAAAGGGUCAAAAGUAACGCUGUUGCUGAGCAGUAAAACUGAAAUGCAAAACAUGAUAGAACUUAGUCGUAGGCGUUUUGAAACUGCCAAUUUAGACAUGCCACCAGCAAACGCUAGCAGGUCUGGACCACCGCCUAGUUCUGGAAUGAGUGGUAGGGUAAACUUACCUACUACAGUACCUAAUUUUAACAAUCCUUCUCCUAGUGUAGUAACUGCAGCUACUUCUGUGCAUGAAAGCAACAAAAACAUACCCACGUUCUCAACUGCCAGUAUGGGAACUGCACCUCCAAAUCUUGGAGCUACCUUUGGUAGCCCAACAUUUAGCUCAACUAUACCUAGCACAGCAUCCCCUAUGAACACAGUACCACCCCCACCAAUUCCUCCUAUCCCAUCUAUGCCAUCUUUGCCACCAAUGCCUUCUAUUCCCCCCAUACCUGUCCCGCCUCCUGUACCUACGCUGCCCCCUGUUCCCCCUGUACCACCAAUACCCCCUGUUCCUCCUGUACCACCAAUGACACCUAUGCCUCCUAUGUCAGGAAUGCCUCCUAUGAAUCCUCCACCUAUAGCACCUUUACCUACUGGAAUGAAUGGGUCUGGAACAGCAAUGAGUAUGAACAGUGGCUUGAAUCCAUUGUUUAUGGGUCCUAUGAAUCCUGUAAAUCCUAUUCAGAUGAAUUCUCAAAGUGGUGUGAAACCCCAUUCUAUCAACCCAGAUGACUUGUAUGUCAGUGUUCAUGGAAUGCCCUUUUCUGCAACAGAAUCUGAUGUGAAAGACUUUUUCCAUGGACUCCGUGUGGAUGCAGUACAUAUGCUGAAGGAUCACUUAGGCCGAAAUAAUGGAAAUGGACUAGUUAAGUUUUUCUCUCCUCAAGAUACUUUUGAAGCACUGAAGAGAAACAGAAUGCUGAUGAUUCAGCGCUAUGUUGAAGUUAGUCCUGCAACAGAGAGACAGUGGGUGUCUGCUGGAGGCCAUAUAACUUUCAAGCAAACCAUGGGUCCUACUGGACAAACCCAUCCUCCGCAGACGCUUUCUAGGUCCAAAUCUCCUAGUGGACAGAAAAGGUCACGGUCAAGAUCUCCUCAUGAGCAGGGUUUCUGUGUUUAUUUGAAAGGUCUUCCCUUUGAAUCAGAGAACAAACAUGUGAUAGAUUUCUUUAAAAAGUUAGAUAUUGUUGAAGACAGUAUUUAUAUAGCUUAUGGACCCAAUGGGAAAGCAAUUGGUGAAGGCUUUGUUGAGUUCAGGAAUGAAGCUGACUACAAGGCAGCUUUGUGUCAUCAUAAACAGUACAUAGGGAACCGUUUUAUUCAAGUUCAUCCCAUAACCAAAAAGGGUAUGUUAGAAAAGAUAGACAUGAUUCGGAAAAGAUUGCAGAAUUUCAGCUAUGAUCAGAGAGAGGUCAUGAUGAAUACUGAGGGAGAAACAGGCCCGCCAAAGUUGUGUGCACAUAUAUCAAAUAUUCCAUACAAUAUUACAAAAAUGGAAAUCCUUCAGUUUCUAGAGGGACUGUCAGUGGAAGAAAACUCUGUACAAAUUCUUGUUGAUAACAACGGGCAAGGUUUAGGACAAGCACUGGUUCAGUUCAAAACAGAAGAUGAUGCUCGUAAGUCAGAGCGCCUCCACCGUAAAAAGCUGAAUGGAAGAGAUGUUAUUUUACGUGUAAUCACCCUAGAAGAAAUGAGAGAAAUUGAGAGAAAUCCACCAUCCCAAGGGAAAAAAUUGCUGAAAAUGCCAAUGCAAGGGAAUGCGGCAAUGCCAGGAGUGCAAAAUGCUGGUGGGGAUGAGCAUUCCUUUAUGGGUGGUAACUCAAAAGAUGCAAAUAAUGGCCCUCCAUUUAAUUUUCCCAGUAAUUUUAGUGGGUCUAACACAUUUGGUCCCCCUCUUCCACCGCCAGGAAUGGGUGGCUUUGGUGAUUCUAGACCAGGAAUGCCUUCAGUUGGAAAUAGUGGUUUACCUGGUGCUGGUAUUGAUGUCCCAGGUUUUGGGAGUGGUCCUAGUAAUCUGAGUGGACCAUCAGGUUUUGGAGGGGGACCUCAAAACUUUGGGAAUGGGCCUGGUAAUUUAGGUGGGCCUCCUAGCUUUGGUAGUGGCCCUCCUGGUAUUGCAGGUGGUCUUGGACAUUUAAGUGGACCUCCAGGGUUUGGACCUGGACCAGGAAACUUGCAUAUUAGCGGACCCCCUGGUUUUGGAACAGGUUCUGGAAAGCCAGGCCCAACUGUCAUUAAAGUGCAAAACAUGCCUUUUACGGUAUCAGUGGAUGAAAUUUUGGAUUUCUUUUAUGGUUACCAAGUGAUCCCAGGUUCCGUGUGUUUAAAAUACAAUGAAAAGGGUAUGCCCACAGGAGAAGCAAUGGUUGCAUUUGAGUCUCGUGAUGAAGCAAUGGCAGCUGUUGUUGAUCUAAAUGACAGACCUAUAGGUUCGAGAAAAGUCAAACUUGUUUUAGGGUAGCCGUUCAUAUAAAAUGUUUGUAGAAUAGAUAUUCAUAGUGCUGUGAUUAAUUCAUCCAGAUUGUUUUUAUAGUAUUUCCAGGGUAGAACCUGUGGAUUGUUUAAAUUGCAAACAAAUUUGUUUUGAGAAGGCAGAGCACUGGUUUAACCAUUUACAGAAGAAUCACUGCAAGGAUAAGUGUGCAGUGAAUUUCCCAGUACGGCUGUGUGGAGAAGAAAGACAGAUUCUUAUUCACCAAUAGAAAAAGUUUGCUCAAGCUAAAUUGGCCACAUAAUGCUUAUCAAGGAAUCUAGAUUGGUUUUAUGUAGUUUUGGAUUAGGGAAGUAGUUAUGUAUUAAGAUGAAGUCAGUGAGUGUGUGCUAUUGCAAGCCACUGUAAAACAAGAUAGCUAUUCCGAGAUUUGGUUAAAAGCUGGCUGAAUUUGCUUUGUUACAGGUCAAAGCUUUGUUUAAAGUCCUGAAUUUACUUUGCAACUGAAUGAAUUCUCAGUGUACACAGAUUAACUGUUUUGUGUAUGUACCUUUAUUGUUUUUCAAAGGUUCUUGCUGUAUGUGAACAGUCAAUUAUGCACAUUGCUGAUGUGUCUACCAAACUAAUUCCUAUGCAUAUGAGCAGAACUGUUCUGUAAAAUUCAAGCUGUUCUUUGUGGAAUAACCUUUAGUUAUUUUUAUUGUUGCAUUUAAAACUGUGCAGAAUAAGACUUUUGCCACAUAAGUGUAGGUAUAACCUCAAAUAUAUUGAGUUGACUGUUUACUUAAAAUUGAAUUAUAAAGUUGAUGCCAUACAAGCAACAACUAGAAAACACUCAUCAUUGUUUAAGUAGCUUGAUUUGUUAGGAUUACAUAAAUCAGUUGGGAUAGGAUCGUCAGCACUAGUUUGGAUAUUUAAUGUAGUUCUCACAACUUUGGAACUACUCACAUGGAAUGUCACAUUUAAGAGAACCAAAGGGAUUAAUAUAACUAGAAUAUUGGAGUCCAGUUAGUUUUAAGAAUAGUGUAAAACAUAUUAAAGACAUUUUUGAAAUUACCAGUGACUCUGAAUAUUGCUGUGAGACACUUCAGAGACUAAAUUUUAUGUUCCCCAAAAAACUUGAAUCUACUUUCAUUGAGUUAUUGCGUAUUUUUUCAAUAAAGUUAUGUUUAAUUCCAAUUCUGUAAAGAAUUACCAUUUUCUUUACUGUGUAGUAAAGCCUUUAAUGGCGAAUAGAGAAUCAGAAAGCAAUUUUACAAAAGAGUGAAAAGUAGAACUCGCAGUUUGUCUACAAUUAUAAAAAAUUCAGACUCUUCUCUUGGUCUGAAAAUCCCACUAUUCCCUGCAAAUCAUUGUACUUAAACACAGCAGUCUAUAAACUAUUCUGUUUGUUGGGUGAAGAAAAAUGGUGCCUUUUAGUGUUGCAUAUCAUGGAACACUGAAGUAUGUAGCCUGGCAUAAUUUAGAGGUGCAAGUGGCAACAGUUUUAUUCAUGUGGUGUAUAGGAGAGAUUUGAAAGCCUGUGCAACACUACAUCUUGAGAGGAUUUCACAGUACAGGAAUUUUUGGAAGGAUUGUAUAAAGGUGUACUACAAUAAAGAGGCGGUUGCAUUACACAGAUGCUUUUGUAAUUCAUGAGUAUCAAUUUUUUUUGACAGAUUACUAGGUGGUGCUCUGACUUUGGAAAAGUGAUGUGAUUGUAUAUACUGUUUAAAAUUAAGCCUACUGUUAAUAAAACUGUCUCUGAAAAUUCAUGUUAUGCAUUUUAACAGUCUUUGGGGAUAUUGUUUCAACAGCUGAUUUUUUUUCCUCUUUGAAAGGCUGAAAGUUCUGUUACUGAUGUCAGAAAGAUGGGAUAUUUGAAUAGGAGACAAAAUAAGUCUAUCAGUUUAUUUUUUUAAAUUUUGCUCUGUUCUUAAAACAGUACAUUUUUAUUAAUUUCAUAUUAUAUUGCAGUUAUUAUUUGGGUGCUGUUUCUUCAUAUUUCAUACUAGAAUAAAAAUAUUGAAAAGGAAAACCUGCCUUCAUUGUUCACAGAAUUAAUUGAAUUAAGAAUUUAUUAGUAUGUGGCUUGCAGAAACUGGUGGUAACUGUAUUUCAAGCUUGAAUGAAUCACAACAAGGCAUUUCUUGUUGUGAAAUGUAAUUAAACUACUGCUAUCUGGAAUUUGAUUCCUUGUGUAUCUAAGAUUUAAUACAGUGCUGUGCAUCUUGCUCCUCUUGGUAUUUGGGUGUGGGAUUUUUGGUAUACCUUUCAAAAUACUCUAGAUAUUGCUUUCACUGUGAAACAUGCUUGUACACAUGUUCCUUCAGACUUUCUAACAAGUUGCAGGUUUGUGUUGGAAAUCUUUCAUUUUCUGAUUAUUUUUAAUUUUCUGUAUGGUCUAAAAGAUUUGUAAAGCUGUUUCAUAAGUUGUGCAUUUGUAAAUGCUUUAAUUCUGUUUUCAAAAAUUUAUGUAAAUGUGCUGUAUUUGGAAGAGGAACUUUCUAAUGAAGGGUUUGAGUUUUCUUUUCUGCAUCUUGCCAAACAGCUGAUACGCUCAUUGUCCUUUAGUGUAAUGGGUUAGUAAAUAUAUCUCUGUAAAAUAUAUACUUGUAAGUA